AUGCCUGCAGGCAGUGGCGCCGUGCCCAGUUAUCCUCGCGAAGAGUCCAAGACGAGCACGGAACGAGACGAUGCUGCUGGCCAGGCGGAGCUGCGGGAAAAGACUCACCGAGUGCUCGACCUCGAGCGGCUCCAGACACGCACCAACUUGAAGCUGAUCGGGAGCGGCCUCGUGAUAGAGGCGCUGGUACGCGACCGGACCCUGCUGGUGCAGCACGUGCUCGAGGCAGUGGUCGGCCGGCUGGACCGCAUCGACAGCGCGACCUCGAGACACCGUGUCUUCGACGAGAUCGACGGCUUCCUCGAGAACGUAACCGGCCACAUCAUGGGCUGUAUACAGCAGGUCAUGCAAGACGCCUCCGCCGUCAACGGCGUGGUGCGCAACAUGCGGCGCCUGCUCCCGGGCCGAGCCGACAGGAACGACCUGGAAGACGUGACACGCCUCUUCGGCGAGGUUGAUACGUUCAAGAAGAAUGUCGAGGAGCUAGCAACCUGGUGGGAAUCGGGGUUGCGCUGCGCGAUAGACACCAGGGCGACAGCGAGCCACCCGCGGGGAUACGCGUUACACCUUGUACCACGAAACUUUCACAAUUGA